CUCCACUUCUCCGCUAGCUCCUCGACCCAUCUCCAACCCCAAAGAAUAGAGCGAUGCACACGCCUUUCGUGGACAAGAGCCCGCAGUGCCGCCGCGACGGCGUGGGCGCAGGCGGCUGGCUGAAGCAGAGGCUCGCGCAGAUCCUUGUGCGUUCUUCUUGCACCACCAACACCACCACGACCACGACCACCUCGGCUACGGCCUUCGUCGGCCUCGACAAUACCAAUGGCGCCGACGCCCACCAAGAACCGCCGGCGCCGCCCUCGCCGUACUUCUGCACCCCAUGCACCUACCAGAGGCCCAAGGUUGACGGCACCGCCCGACACAGGCGACACCGCCGCCGCAACGCGUCGUUCGUACACAUCUCCAUUGACUGCACCGGUGGCGCGGGGGCCACCUCUGGCCGCCGCUCCGUCCGCUCCGACGCGCCCCUCCUGCCGUCGUCGGCAAGGUCAUUGCCGACGAAGGAUGGCAGGAGGCAGAGCAGGGCGAGGAGAAACCCGCGCUCGCCGUCGACAUCCAGGCGGCAUUGCCCGUCGUCCUCCUGGGGCCUCGCGCGGCUCCCGAGGGGGGCACCGGGGCAGUACAGCUGCUCGUCGUCCACCGUGACCGACGACGAGCUCGCGCCGUUCAGCACCGACGAGGAGGGCGGCGAGGAGGCCGAGACGAGGACCCUCUUCUCGUCUCUCAGCUUCUCCUCGGACUCCACCUCGGAGUUCUACCACACCAACAGCAGCAGCAGCCUCGCCAGGAAGGGCCACAAGAACGUGCCUCGCCGCCCGCCGCCGCGGCGCGCAUCGACGAGGACCACCAGCGACCCGGCCGACGCCUUCCGGCCGGUGGUAUCCGUGGCGGCGACGAAGCAACACAACGAGUACUUCAACGACAAAAGGAAGGAGGAGAAGACGAUCAAGAAACAGCUAGGGGAGGAGGAGGAGGACGCCGGCGCCGACGUCGGCGCGGGCAUGGCGGUGGUGAAGCGGUCGAGCAACCCGUACGCCGACUUCCGGAGCUCGAUGGUGGAGAUGGUCGUGGAGCGGCGCAUCUGCAGCGUGCCGGAGAUGGAGGAGCUCCUGGGGUCGUACCUCUCGCUGAACUCACCGCAGCACCACCCGGCCAUCCUCGCCGCAUUCGAGGACGUAUGGGAGGCCGUCUUCGGCGAGGAGUGAGUGAGUGAGUGACGGUGCGACCAAAGUCCCUGUUUGAUUAGCCAAUCAAGCUUGUAACCGACCUGUUCUUUGCGACUUGUGAGGCCAGUAGAGCAGAGGUGUACGUAGGUAGGAGAUGCAGCGAGCGAUCGCGCGCGCUCUCCGGCAAUGUGUGUUGUCCUAGCUUGCAGUUCGUCCUCAUUUGUAUUUACAUGAAGAAUCGGCAUCUCGAAAU